AUGGCUGAUCUACAGGAGCUGCUUCAGCGGCUCAACGGCGGCGGCGCUUCUGGUGGCAAUCACCAGCAGCUCCCGUCCUCGCAGCAACAACACCCUCAUUACCAACAACCUUCGGUAUCAUCGCCUGUCUUCUCUCCCGCGCCGCGUGGACCCAUCCCGCACCACCCAUCGGCUAUCAUGUCGCCCAACGUGCUGUCGACCGCAAACACACCCGCGCCCGAACACGGCGCUGGCUCCGUGUCUCAGCAGACGCCACAACAGCAGUCGGCGAACCUGCUGAACCUGCUGCGCUUCAACGCCCAGCCAGGUCUCGGGCAGCGCAGUGUCUCGCAGCAGCCGCAGCAGCCGCAGCAGCCGCAGCAGCCGCAGCAGCCGCAGCAGCAGCCGCCGCCGCACCCGCCGGUGGCUCCAGCACAUGGUCGCACCGUCUCAGCCUCCGACUUUGUGGCCGGCUUCAUGGGCAACAGGUCAGGCUCGCAGGGUUCUGUGCCUGUGGCUACGGUUCACUCUCCACCCGCAGCCUCGGGAUCCGAGAAUCCUCAGGACCUGCUUCUGCGAUUGCUGAAUCACCCCAAACCUUCGCAGUCGCCUGCUCGCUCUUCGCACGCCUCGGCCGCUGCUUUCUCGCCGCCGGUUCUCUCCCACAUGCCUGAGACGGCUGUGGACGACCUCGCGCAGGAUCUGGCCGAUGCAGGUUUGGAGAGCGCGACCAUCCACACCCCAGCCAGUGCUACUGCUUCGCCUUUGGGAGUCUUCGGCAACAAUGGCAUGGGCAAUGCUCCUCGCCACCAGCCUGAAGCCGCAUCGCAGCUGCCAAAGUUUACGUACGUUAAUCCGUUCGAUCAACUUGCGGCUGCUAGCCCCCGCAAUCGCACUCCCGUCCCCGAAGCACCCAGAUCUGCCGCGCCCAAGAUCGAGAUUCUCAAGCCCAAGCACGUCCUCGACGCCGCCACUGCUGCCGCCGAAGAAGCUCCCGCUCACCCACACGAAACCGUGGCUGAGGCUGUCAGCGAAUUAGGAGAGCAGGUCAAUCAGCAGGUCGAAGAAGCGCUUGCCGAGGCCGAGGGCAAGUCCACCUCUCAGAUCGCGAAGGAGCUCAACAACGUCACGGCUGACGAUAUCAAUGAGAUUGAGGAGGUCAUGGUUGAUAUUGCUACUGAGAUUACGAAGGAGCUUGAGGAGGAGAGCAACAUGAAGGAGCUUGAGCAGUCCAUGCCCAAGCCUCUUGCUGCUGCUCUGCAACAGGUCGCUGCUGAGGUAGCCGAUGCUGACGUUGUCGAGAACUGGGAGACUGCCGAGGCUGAGGAGAGUCUUGCAAAGGGCGAGGACCAGACGGUAAUAGUCUACAGAUUCCCUAUGCGCGCCUUUGCCUCCAUCACUGUCAACGACAUGCCUCCCCGACGCCUUUUCUUCCAGCCGGAGCUGUUCAUGGACAUCGCCAGGAUUAAGAAGGAUUUUGAUCAGAUCGAUCGUUCGCUGGUGUCGGCCAGCAAGAAUUUCAUUGUUUACACGCUCACUAAGAAGGGUGGCUUCCGCAUCAUUCGCCAAGAGAAUGGCGUUUACCGACAGGUUUUUGAGAACCACCAAGAACGCAUUUUCAACAUCGCUCUGUGCAACGCCGGAGAAGACACUCAGCAGUCUCUCGAGAGCAUCCUUGGCAUCGGCGUCAACGGUACUGUCUUUUGGACAUCCAUUGACCCUACUCGUGAGGAUCAGUUCGGCGAAAAUCUCGACUCGCAAGGACUCCUGCUUCCUCCAUCGCCCUCGCAAGACGACAAUACCUCUGGCGGUCAGCUGAAGACCCGCGCCAAGCCGUCUUCGCGUCACCCCGAGUUCUUUGCUGUCGGCCGUGGCAAAUCUAUCCACAUUGUCUUCCCUCGUGUCGCCGCAACCUACGUUCGUCAGAAGUCCCGCAUUUGCCACACCGAGAAGUACCUGAAGGAACGCUCACUCAAGAUCCUUACUGGCAAGGCCGGUAAAGAUUUCACAUUCAGUGAGGAUGACACUGUCAUCGUCUCCCUGGACAAGGCCGGUCGCAUGCGUUUCUGGGACAUCCGCACCCUUACCAAACCCGAACUGGGUAUUCCAGGCAGUCCGGCCAAGAAUGUCGAAGUCUCUGACACCCUGCUCGAGUUCCACACCACGACACCGAACGCCAAGUCGUGGCCCACUUCAGUCUUCUUCUUUGACAAGGACAAGCCAUACACUAAGGGUAUUGCGCUGCGAUACGUCAUGGUUGGCAUGAAGCAGAACCACUCCUUCCAGCUAUGGGAUCUUGGACUCUGCAAAGCAGUCCAGGAAAUCAACCUGCCACACGGAAACGAAUCUGAUGCUAUCUGCAGUGUCUCGUUCCACCCGAAGACCGGCAUUAUGGCGGUGGCUCAUCCCACGCGCAACUCCAUCUUCUUUGUGCACGUAUCCUGCCCUAGGUACAACUUGCCUCUUCUGAGCCAGGCCGAGUACACAUCCCGUCUUGCGAACAAGGGCGCGCUGCCUCCUGUCAACGCAACCGCUAUCAUGACCAGCAUCAUUGAGUAUUCGUUUGCUUCCAAGGGUCAGAUUAGGAGCCUCCACAUGCUCAACGAGCCUGCUGGACCUGUUGAUGCGGACGACCCGGACAACGCCGCUUUGUUCGAGUUGUAUGUGAUGCACUCCAAGGGUGUGUGUGUCCUGCGCAUCCGUCGUAGCGACCUUGGAUGGAAGAAGGAGAUUGGCGAGCCCCUUUGUCCGAAGGAGGCCGAAGAGGAGGGCAUCAUCUCCAUUUCUCAGCUAAAGCCACCUGCACCUGUCACUAUCACUGGUGACGAGUCUUCUACUGCUGGCGAUGCACCCGCCGCACCCAGGUCUGUAUCCGACCGCUCGGUCCGUGAGAGCGUGAAGAAGGAGAGCAGCAAUGUCUCCAGACAGUCUAUGACGCCAGAGGCUGCGAUGCGUGCCUCUACCCUUGCCAAGGUGGAGAGCAAGCAGGAUGCUGCUCGUGCUGCCAUGAUCAACGGCGGCGCUGAGAAGUCGGAAAAGAAGAAGAAGAAGCGCUCGGCCGCCGAGACUGCUUCUCAAGCUUCAGCUUCGACGCGUCCACCUCCCUCAUCAUACGCGCAGAUCGCUCAGGCUUCUGCACAAGCGAAGUCUCCAGCGCCUGAGACGACCCCAGUGCCUGCUCCGGCCGCCGCUACGCCUGCUGGACCCGCUGCGCCAUCAUCUGCAAAGGCCUCCGAUGCUGACGUUCCUGAGUGGGCCAAGCAGCUCAUGGGCAAAUACAUGCAGCAGUCUGCAGCGGCACCUGCACCUACCGCUGCGCCAGCUGAGCUCGAUGAGAAGAAGCUCGAACAGGUCAUGUCAGCCGAGAUUACCAAGGGCUUCUCUCGCGAGCUGGAUGUCAUGUAUAAGCGAUUUGACGAAGACAAGCGUGUCAUGAACGCUGCUAAUGGGGCCAAACAAGAGGCCAUUCUUCGUCUCGUCUCCAGCACCUUAACCGAGAACGUCGAGAGCGUUAUCCGCAAAAUGGUCGAUGAGAACAUUCGCAACGUGCUGCUGCCCGAAGUCCUUGCAAAGACUUCCUCCACUCUCGAGCAGAGCAUCGGCAGUAACCUCAAAACCGCUCUUGGGCCUCAGCUGUCCAAGGAGAUCCCCGAUGCUGUAUCCCGAGCCUUGAAAAAUCCUCAGCUUUUCCAAUCCCUGUCCGAUCAGGUCGCCAAGAAGGUCUCCAGUGGUUUCGAGCCCAUUGUGGUGGCCUCGGUUGGAUCCGUUGUCACUCCCGCCAUUGGUAAGCUAUCCAACCUUGUCGAGCAACAGAUUGGGGAGCAGCUUCGUCAGUCGCAGGUGCAGCGACGAGAGGACGCGGCGAAGAUUACGCAACUCACCGACACUGUGCACACUUGCCUUGAGACGAUCCAGUCGAUGGUUGCGACUCAGGCCGAGCUCCAGGCUCAAGUCGCCAAGCUUCAGCAGUCCAUGACCCAGCCACCACAGGCGCCUACUCCCAAGAAGGAAGUAGCACCACCUCCCAAACAGAAGACACCCGAGGAGCUCGAGAUUGAGUCAAUUACCAAGCUCUUGACCGAGGGCAACUACGAGCAGGGCACCAUGCAGUGGCUGCAAUCGCCUCGUACAGAUGAGCUCUUCGAUGCCAUCUUCGUACGCUGCAACCCUGGCUAUCUGAGACAAGUUAGUCCCUUGCUCGUCCUAUCCACUGGUGCCGUCGUUUCUGAGCCACUGGACCGUAACCUGUCAGAGCGGUUGGCUUGGCUCGAUGCCGUCUUGCAGAGCGUCAACCCUCAAGACAACGAGAUUCGCGACAUCGUCCCCAAGAUCAUGGACGUGAUGAUUCAGCGCCUGACCGCCAAGUACAUUGAUCUCAACGAGGGCACGCCUGGUAACCCUCUUCUUCGCCGCAUCUCGGCUCUCGUCAGCCGGUGCAAUGACAUGACGCGCGCUUCUCGCGGCUGA